AGGCUUUGAAGCUGCAAGGCCAUGCAAUGCUCAUCAAGCUGGCCAAUGGCAACAUUCACACUUGCCUCCCAACAGGUAAGCCAAGCUCAGGUCUUGCAAAGGCAAGGGGGCGUGGCCUGCCCGGGGAAAGGGGCGUGGCCUGCCCGGGGAAAGGGGCGUGGCCGGGACUUGCCUGGGUCCCUGCUGGGCAGCAGCUGGACAUUGCAAGCCAUGCAAGCCAGGGAGAGGACGCUGCGGCUCCAGUUUGGGAACCGGAUCGAGGCCCUUUGCGUGGUGGGAACACGCCUCUCCACGGAUGUCUAUGGCGCGGCCCCGGCAGAGGCGGUCACUUUCAGCGUGAAGCACACGGAUGGCGUGGAGGUGGAGGUGGUGUCUGACGGUCAAGCGGAGGCGGCCCCCCCGGACGGGGGGAAGCAGUGGCCACUCCACCCCAAGACCACCCUCCGCAUCCAGAUGACCCGCCCCAGUGCAGAGGCCAACGACAACAAGGUGAUGAUUGGAUAUUUUGGGGGCAAUGGAAAGCACCCCAUCGACCAAGCCGGGCUGUUCCUGACCGGCGUCGCCAUUUCCCUGGACGUGGACGCAGACCGGGACGGCGUGGUGGAGAAGAACCACCCGAAGAAGGCCAGCUGGGCCUGGGGUCCGGAGGGUCAAGGGGCCAUCCUGCUGGUCAACUGCGACAAGGAGAACCCCUUCUCCGUCACCGAAGACUGCCAGGACGACAAGGUCUUCUCCAAGGAAGACCUGGAGGACAUGUCGCGCAUGAUGCUGCGGACGCAAGGACCCCAGCGCCUCCCCACCGGGUACGAGAUGGUCCUCUACAUUCCCGCCUCCGAUUCGGACAAAGUCGGGGUCUUUUACCUGCAAAACCCCUUUUUCGGCCAGCGCUACAUCCACAUCCUGGGUCGGAGGAAGCUCUUCCACGUGGUCAAAUACACGGGCGGCUCGGCCGAGCUCGAAUUCUUCGUGGAGGGACUUCGGUUUCCGGACGAGGCCUUUGACGGACUGGUCACCAUCCAUGUCAGCCUCCUCGAAGCCCUGGCCGAGGGCCUCCCGCAGACCCCGAUCUUCACCGACAGCGUGGUCUUCCGGGUCGCGCCAUGGAUCAUGACCCCGAACACUUUAGCCCCGGUCAACGUCUUCGUCUGCAGCGUGAAGGAUAACUAUCUCUUCCAGAAGGAAGUCAAGAACCUGGUCACCAAAGCCAACUGCAAGAUGAGCGUCUGUUCGCGGUACAUGAAUCGUGGAGACCGGUGGAUGCAGGACGAAAUUGAGUUCGGCUACAUCCAGGCCCCGCACAAGGGAUUCCCGGUGGUCCUGGACUCGCCGAGGGACGGAGGACUUCAGGAUUACGCUGUCAAGGAAAUUUUGGGUCCAGAUUUUGGUUACGUGACCAGGGAGCCCCUCUUCGAAGAGGUCACCAGUUUGGACUCCUUUGGGAACCUGGAGGUCAGUCCGCCCGUGACAGUCAAGGGGAAGGAGUUCCCUUUGGGCCGCAUCCUCAUCGGGAGCAGCUUCCCCACUUCCGCCGGGCGACGGAUGACCAGAGUGGUCCGGGAAUUCCUGUACGCCCAGCAGGUCCAAGCCCCCAUCGAGCUCUAUUCGGACUGGCUGACCGUCGGCCACGUGGAUGAGUUUGUGACCUUUGUCCCCGUUCCUGGCAAAAAGCAAUUCCGGAUGCUGAUGGCCAGCCCUUCCGCCUGCUAUAAAUUAUUCAGAGAGAAGCAGAAAGAAGGACACGGGGAAGCCGUCAUGUUCAAAGGCUACACCGGGACGGACACGAAGCGCGUGACCAUCAACAAGGUGGUGUCCAACGAAGUCAUGGUGCAGGAGAACCAAUACGUCCAGAGAUGCAUCGACUGGAACCGGGACAUCCUCAAGGAAGAGCUGGGCCUGGCUGAGAAGGAUAUCAUCGACCUCCCGGCCCUCUUCAAGAUGGACAAGCAAGGCAAGGCCCAGGCCUACUUCCCCAACAUGGUGAACAUGGUGGUGCUGUCGCGCGACCUGGGCAUCCCGCGGCCCUUUGGCCCGAUUGUGGAGAACGAGUGUGUCCUGGAGCAGCACGUGCGGGGCCUGCUGGAGCCGCUGGGCCUGAUGUGCACCUUCAUUGACGACGUCUCCUCCUACCACCAGCAGCUGGGAGAGGUCCACUGCGGGACCAACGUCCAGCGCAAGCCCUUCGCCUACAAGUGGUGGCACGUGCGCCCCUGAAGCCCAUGGAAGGAAGAAGGGCUCAACGUCAAAUCGGGUGCAUUCGUUUCUUGGGGUGCGUCCACACUGGGGAACUGAUGCAGUAUAAUCACCAUGGGGAGGCUGGGAGUUGUCGUUUAGUAAUAGUGGUAGUAGUAGUAGUAAUAAUAAUUAUAAUAUAGAAGGAAGAAAGAGGUCAAUGACACAAUAAUAAUAAUGAUUAUGAUCAUGGAAAAAUGACAACAAUAAUAUGAUGAUGUCAUAACAAUAAUAAUGAGAAUGAUGACAAUGAUAUAAUAUAAAAAUAAUGAUUAUGAUCAUGGGAAAAUAGCAACAAUAAUAUGAUGGCGUAACAUAGUAAUGAGAAUUAUGACAAUGAUUUAAUAAUAAUAAUAAUAAUAAUAUAAAAAUAAUGAUUAUGAUUAUGGAAAAAUAACAAUAAUAUGAUGAUGGUGUAACAUAAUAAUAAUGAGGAUUAUGACAAUGAUAUAAUAAUAAUUUCAAAAUAAUGAUUAUGAUCAUGGAAAAAUAACAAUAAUAUUAUAAUGAUGGCGUAACAAUAAUAACAAAAAUUAUGACAAUGAUAUAAUAUAAAAAUAAUGAUUAUGAUCGUGGAAAAAUAACAAUAAUAUGAUGAUGGCGUAACAAUAAUAAUGAGAAUUAUGAUGAUAUAAUUAUCUAAAAAUAAUGAUUAUGAUCAUGGAAAAAUAAUAAUAUGAUGAUGAUGGCGUAACAUAAUAAUGAGAAUUAUGACAAUGAUAUAAUAAUAAUAUAAAAAUAAUGAUUAUGAUCAUGGAAAAAUAACAAUAAUAUGAUGAUGGCGUAACAUAAUAAUAAUGAGAAUUAUGAAAAUGAUAUAAUAAUAAUAUAAAAAUAAUGAUUAUGAUGAUGGAAAAAUAACAACAAAAAUAUGGUGUAACAAUAAUAAACAAUGAGAAUUAUGACGAUAGAAUAAUAACAAUAAUAUAAAAAUGAUUAUUAUGAUAAUGGAAAAUAAUAAUAAUAUGACGGCGUAACAAUAAUAAACAAUAAUGAGAAUUAGGACAAGGAUAUAAAAAUAAUAUAAAAACAAUAAUGAUUGUGAUGAUGGAAAAAAUAUGAUGAUGAUGGCGUAACAAUAAACAAUAAUGAGAAUUAUGACCAUGAUAUAAUAAUAGUAAUAUAAAAAUAAUAAUAAUGAUGAUGAUGGAAAAAUAACAACAAUAAUAUAAUAAUUAUUAAUAACAAUAGUAAUUAUAAUGGUAAAAUAACCAUAACAAUAAUUGAAUAAUAAUAAUAAUAAUAUAAUAAUAAAAUAAUAAUGAUUGAAUAAUAAUAAUAAUAGUAGUAGUAGUAUCCGCCUUCCCUUGUGGCUUGAUCGCAAUGUGUAUGUAUAGCCUUCUUUGCCAACUACAGCUCCUGGGAUUCCACCAAAGUGAUUUCAAACUGCAUUAAUCCGACAGUGUAGACACGCCCUUUGGAGGGCCAAUGUAAGGCGGACUUUGCGGCAAUUUUUGUUGGGUCGAAGUGUGUUUUAGGCCCGAGGAGGUUGGAGGAUCUUCCUCGUUUCCUAACCACGUUGUGCUUGCUGUGGGUGUGUUCCCCUUUAAUGCCCCUUCCCCGCAUCCCGGUCCUGUUUCUGUGUGCAUACAUACAUGCAUACAUACAUACAUACAUACAUACAUUCUGUGUGCAUUCAUGUGCCUUGGCGCACCACCGUCAUCGGGAUUUACGGCAGCUGUUUGGGGCAUUCUGUUCUGAAAAGGAUCCGGACGACAACGGUCAUGACAAUAAUAAAGAGAAUUCGCUCCAAA